AUGGAGUCUUCUAACUCUAACCUACCUUCCUACGACGAAGCCACCGGUGGCCAGGAGCGCCCUCGCAUCAUCGCACACCUCCGACACUGCUCCGAGCAAUCAAAUGAGGAAUACCUCAUGAGCAAUCCCCAUCUCCAAUCCUCGUACCUCCCGAUAAGAGAAUGGGCGCACAACAUGGCCGGCACCACCACGGCUAAAGCCCCAUGGUGGCUGGGCAACGACCAAAGGCAGAACAGUGUCUUCACUUGGCAAGUCUUCCAAGAGACUUCAAGCACGUCGGCGGCUUCCACCGAAGAAAACGUGGUUGAAUGGUUGCGUCGUCUGUGUAUGGAAACUGCUGUGCCUCCUACAAUUGCAUCGGGUGGCACACCGUUGAGACCAGGCGACAUUGAAUACACUCUCAACGCUGGGCAGAACUGGACGCACAACUGGGGAUGGGAGGUUGCACUCUGUGCAUAUGCAUACCCGGAGCACAUUCGAUGCUCCGAUUGGUCCGUGACGAUGCGUAUAUACCUCCACGACCUACCACAUCAACUCCGAAUAGGUGGGAUUCAAUGGCGAGAGGUUGUCGUGUCGGAUUAUGACUUUCACAUCGAGAUUGACUCGCAGCCAGAGCGCGGCUGGGACUGGAAGUUGUCGUCGACUUGUGCAGCAACAAGUGACACGGGCCGGUCACAGAGGAAUUGGGAAGCUAGGACUAUGUCCUUGCGAAGGGUUCUGCCAUCCACUGCCGAGUUUUGGGGUUGUCUUUCGGAGGAUACGAUCUUCAGUGGAACGAUCAAGCAGAGAACUGGCCGUGACAAGUACAAGAUGGUCAUGUGGUAUUCUCACUUGACGGCAUAUGCCAAUGACCUCACGGAGCAGACAGUCGGUCCUUGGCAUGAUGGUUUCGGGGGGGCGUUUGCUGAGUUUAUACGCCCACUUGUUCCCCGGGGUUCAUCCCGUAUGCCUAACACAAUUGCCGUUGCAAUCUGGGCGACUUCUACAUCAGUGGCUGAAGUGUCAUGGUGUCUCAUUGGCUGGCCGCUUCAAACGCGAAAUACGAGCAACGCCCAGCGUCGCAGCUCCAGGCACCCAUAUUCCCCGGACGAUCACGAAAUACGGCACCAGAUUUCCCUCUUCGGCUUUGGGUAUUUAAGAAUCAAGUCCCGGUCGAUCGUCCAAUAUGGGAACUCAUCAACCCAGCACAAGUUCACCAUGGCGACCACCACCACUACCAAGUCGAAAUUUCACACCAUGUUUUAUGAUGACCCGUCGUGCCAGGAUAACAAGAUGGAUCUCUUUGCCCCAAGCCAAUCGCAAGACAAUGGUUUAACGGCAUUCGAGGGUAUCUCACCCUCCAACAUCGUCCCUUUGAGAAAGCUCAAGCAAUGGCCCAGAGCCGUCCUUUGUCCAGCCUGUCGAGAACUCUCCAUCACCCGAGUUGAACGCAAGAUCUGCAGCGGUACACAUGUAAUGGCUGCUUUCAUGCUCAUGUGCACUAUUGUUGGGGGCCCUGUUGUGUACAUGUCCAAGGCGUUCAAGAAUGUCGAGCACUACUGCUGUCGAUGCAACCGGAGGCUAGCAACUUUUCAUUUCAACACGGGGACUGAGAUUCAUGUUUACUAG